AUGACGAAACCUCAUCCGACUCAAAGCGAACCCUCAUACACCCACACAAGACCAUGUGACCGAACUCAUAUGCAGCAGGGAUUCCAUUUUAGGGAAGAGGCAGAGGCGCCUGCGGAGUACAGAUACGUGAAGGCUAGUGGCGCCGACCCAAAGUCUGGCAAUGGAGGCUCAGCCCAAUGGCAGAUCGUAGCAGGGAUCCCAGCUUCCUGUGCAUUGGCCGGACUCGGUUGGUCUCAGCGAAUCCCAGCCCUGAAGUGA